AUGGAGGCCUCUCAACCCACCCUACCCACCCUAGAAAGGAUCAGGGCUAGAGCCACAGGGGAUCCUCCCCCUAGAGCCCCUAUAGCCCCUAGGGGACCUACUGCUAAAGAGGUCCUUAUGGAGGCUAACAAGGUCAGGCUAGAGGCCUUUUUAGAGGACCUUCCUACCCUGUAUCAGCAGGCUAGGCUUGAAAAUGCUAGCUAUCUAGGCCACUCCGAGAUCACUGAAGCCCUCAGAAGCCGGCUCUUUUACCCUGUUAAGCCCCCCAGCCUACCCUGUAGCUCCUGUGGAGCUAUAGCGGCCUUCCAGCAUGAAGACACCUGUAGAGGCGCUACGAGAAGGUGGAUCGCAAGGCAUGAUACCGCCGUAAGAGCCUUCUAUAGAGCCUUGGCCAGCGAGCCCUCCCUGGAGGUCCAGAAGGAACCCUUAGUGGAUAAGGCAACCAGUCUACGGGCUGAUAUAGCGGUCACUGUAGGAAAUAGUCGCUAUUACUACGAUAUUCAGAUCGUGGCUAUUGCAAAGGAUUCAGCUAGAUCUGACCCCUAUGAGACCCUUCGGGAGGCUGCAGAAGAGAAACGACGAAAAUAA